AAAAUUCUGUUUAUCUUGCAUUAAAGCCUCAAAACGCAACCUGAAAAUAGAGAGAUAACCAAGUGUAAAAUAAAAAAAAGGAAAUCCCAAAAGCAGGACUGAAGCCGAGGGAAAGCGCUUGUCUAACUUGCAAAGGGUGCUCGCAGGCGAACAGGAGGGCAAGGGCUCGGGAUAAAAGCUGCAAAAGGAAAUAAAGCACAGGGGCGCGCGGGAGGGAUUGGAAGAGGAAAUCUUCUGGAAGAAGGCUGAGUCCUUCUGUGCAUGACGACUGCAGAUCCGGCGGCCGAGGGGAAGGGCGUGGUUGGUUGGGAGGGGCGGGAAGAUAGAUUGGGAAACGCCACUGAGCAGGGGGAUGGCGAAAGGGACGACGUCGUCGAUUUGAUGGCAGGCAAACGGCGGGCGUUGAGCUGGCAGAUGCGGCUGUCACCUCCGCUUGCGAUGAAACGGAAGGAGGAGGGAAUUGUGCUAGAAAGGGAAGGACGAAGUGGAAGGCAUAACUGAGGGAAUAGGCUGAUGCGAGAAGUGCAAGAAUUAUGUGGUAA